AUGGAGCAAGAGCACUCUCUGUCGUGGACGGACAUGACCAACCCGGCCGACGAUGAGUUCACCAACUUCCUCGAGUUUGGCAUGCAGUUCCCCGACAUGGAGGGGCAUGGACCGAGUGACCCUCACGCUGCUCGGCCUCUUGCCCACCCGGUGUCGAUGUCGAUGCCCGCCUCAGCAGCACCUGCGCAAGAACAAUUGGUCCGCAUGGAUACCGACAGCGUUCCUACCCAGUCGCCGUCGUACGGCCACAUUAUGAACAACGAUUUCCCUCUCGACCUCUCCAACCACGGGCAGCAAGGCCAGCCACAUGGCUCGUCCUACUCCAAUGCUCCAGCCACCCCGGCGUUCUACGCGCACAAGCCCCCACAGCCCCAGUUUUUCCACCCCCAGCAACAACAGCAGCAGCAGCAGCAACCGACACAGGAGCAGUCCCACCAGCCAUCCAACCACUCGCACCCCACAACACAGACUUAUGUCCCCCAUGGGCAGACCGUGAUACCACCAACCCCCAACAGUGUCGACCUCCAGGGCAGUGCUGCUACCCACCUCCAGCGGACGGAUGAUAGCCAUGAUAUGUAUGAGCGGUUUACUCGGAUCAAUGACGAACAGGCCCUCUAUACUCCCCUCGUCUCCCCUGCCAUGACCCCAUUGGAAAGUCAAUUUCGCUUCCCCGAAUACACUAUCCCUGGGGAGUACUUCACCCCUCUUACAUCACCGGCUCUCGAAGCUCACAACUCCAAUCCGACCGGCUACCCAUUUCAUACUGGCCAUAUCUCGGAAAUGGGAUUUGUGCCCUCUCCUGCUGACAACGCGCUGCCCAUGUCAUCAGCACCCUCGUCACCGGGAUUGAUGCGAAAGCAUCGACGCCAACCGUCCACCACCAAGUCUUUCUCCGCUCGAGCCAAAAAGCAACAAUCGCCUUCGGUGCGGCCUCAGGCCCGGAAGAAGUCACUCCUGAAUAUCAAUUCGGACGAGGUUUUGAAUAGUCUUAGUCAGGAUCAGGGGAGUUGCAAGUCUCGCAGUUCUGGCGGUAGUGGGCUCCGCUAUGGAAGUAACGAGAGCUCUGGUCAGGAUUCUGUUUCCCCCGAGCCUCUCUCAGAGCCUCUUAUGCCUCCACCCGCUCUCCCCCCGUCACGGAAGUCUCCCUCGAUUGGCCCUCAGACAACCCAAGUCCCACAAGCCAGUGAGCCCGCGACUCCAGCGCUGCUGAUGCGUAUCCAGAGGUCGCCGCACAGCAACGCCUCUACCGGUCCGAUGGCGACUAUGGCCAGGCCUGUGCCCUCUGAGCCGCAUGAGGAUAUCAUGGAAGACGUUAUAUUGCCGGAAGCGGCUACCUCAUUUGGACCAGUUUCAAGACCGCAGGUGGGCCGUAUUGACACCACAGUCCGAGCGGGUUCGGUCUCUUCGACUACACCGGGCAGUGCCACCCCUGGUCUGGAGCCCAAGUCCGCUCCAGUCAUCAACAGAAAUCCGAAUUCGGUCGCGCCGAGUCCGCGCACUUUUGCUAUGCCAUCUCCCAGUGGUCCGGUGCCGAAAAAAUCAGACACCCCCAAAUUAGGCCCCAUAGGCCGAAAGCGACAAAGCCUCAGCUCGUCUCAACCUAGUCCGAACCUACGCCCGAAGAUAAGUCCCAGUAUACAACCACUGGUGCGAGGUGAUGCUAACAAAUCUUGUCUAACAGGUAUCUCAAGCGAAACUUCGGCUCUGUACCUUGCCUCGAAGUCGAAUUAUCAGCACAUACUAGAUGGCACUCUCUUACCUGGCGUCUCCUACCCAGAAACCCUGGCCGAGAACCUGAGCUCCAAGCGAACAAAUCACAAGCUCGCCGAGCAGGGACGAAGAAACCGCAUCAACAAUGCCCUCAAGGAGAUCGAGACCCUCAUUCCACCAUCGUUCGUUCAAUUGAAGAACGCCAAAGAAGCUGCAAUUUGCAAUGCAAAGGGAGGCGAAAAGGAAAAGGAGAAGGAAAAGGAGAAAGAGAAAGCCGGAAAUCAGCCGAUUAGCAAGGCCAGCACUGUGGAGAUGGCCAUUGAUUAUAUCAAAGCCUUGAAGCAAGAGCUGGAACAAACCAAGACCAAACUAGCAGCAGCUGAAGAGCGUCUGAGCGAGGGAAGGGGGUUGGAAAGGCGCGAUGACAACACAGUGAACCCUGAAAAUGGGCCAACAACAAAUCCCGUCCAGGUAGGAUCGGCGACCGCCGGUUUUGAGAAUUGCAGCUCUGCAUAA